AUGGAUUGGUCGAAAAAUGACACGCUCCCGUCGCUUGGGGCCGCCUCCAAGCCCAGCACCCGUGGAGGCGAAAUCCCACGGAUGAACCGGAAUGGGGGCCUGGCUCCCCUCCAUGCAUCCUCUCACUUUAGCAAGCCGGAAGAUCAGGGGGGUCCCGUUCCCCGCAGCGCUCACGGCAACCGCUUAGGUGCGACCUUCUCCUCUAGCAUGACGGUCGGCCAUGGUGCAGGUGGUGGUUUGGCCGCGAGCUCCACUACCUCCAACUGGGCACCGCAGCUUCAUGUUGGGAAGCUGCCACAGCCAUUUGCGCCGUCCAAACAGCAGCAGCAACUCGAUGAGCAGGCCGCCAGCCACGCCGCCAGCUCCCGGGACCCUGGAGGUGUCAGCUCGGGGUCAAUGACGGCGCGGCAGAUACGCUCGUCAGGCGGCGCGCGCGAUCCGACUGUCCCUGGCACGCGCGGCUCCCUGACUGCACGGCCUUCUUCCAAAGGAGGCUCCCAGUCCUGGGCAGCGCAGAAGGAACAGCUCUUGAACGGCGGCCUGCUGUCGGGCACAACGCCGAUGAUCUCCUCUGCGAGUAUCCACAGCCAGCUCCAAGCCGAGCGAGCAGAAAGGGAAAGAGAACGAGAAAAGGAGCGGGAACGAGAGCGGGAACGUCUGGAGCAGGAGAAGGAAAGGGAAAGAGAAAGAGAGAAGGAGCGCGAGAAAGAAAAGUUGAAAUUGGAGAUUCCUCUCAGCCCGGCGAAGGUGCUCAAGCAUCACAUCGAGGAGCUGACAGAGUUCGAGCAAGGGGAGAUUUUGGACUUCCCACAAAUCUGGUACUUUGGUGCAGGUGCUCCAAAAAUUCGGGGGACGUCUGCAUCGGCAAAUAACCACUCGUACGACGACGAGCGUGGCGACUACAUGGUAGUUCUGCACGACCACAUCUUGUACCGCUACGAGGUGCUGAACCCACUGGGCAAAGGUUCCUUUGGGCAGGUCGUUCGCUCGUUCGAUUUCAAGACGAACAACUGCGUCGCCUUGAAGAUGGUCCGCAACAAGAAGCGAUUUCACCAUCAGGCCCUGGUGGAGGUGAAGAUUUUAGAGCAUCUUAGAGAGCGCGAUCUGGAAAGCACCUCGAACGUCGUGCACAUGCUGGAUUACUUCUAUUUCAGGAACCAUCUGUGCAUCACGUUCGAGCUGCUGAGUAUCAACCUCUACGAGUUCAUCAAGAACAACAACUUCCAGGGAGUGUCCCUCGGCUUGAUCCGGCGGUUUGCCAUCCAGCUGCUGGCCGCCCUCCGGUUCUUGAAAAAGCUGCACAUCAUCCAUUGCGAUCUGAAGCCGGAGAAUGUGCUCUUGAAGAACCCGACGAAGAGCGGCAUCAAGGUUAUCGACUUUGGCUCUUCAUGCUUUGAGGAUGAACGUGUCUACACGUACAUCCAGAGCCGGUUUUACCGCUCCCCGGAAGUGAUUCUGGGGAUUCCGUACGACACAGCGAUAGACAUGUGGUCUUUCGGAUGCAUCUUGGCCGAGUUGUACACAGGCUAUCCGCUCUUCCCUGGUGAGAACGAGGUGGAGCAACUGGCCUGUAUUAUGGAGCUCUUUGGCGUGCCACCAUCCAAGAUCUUGGACGGCGCCCCACGAAUCAAGAUGUUUUUCGAUCCCCAUGGCAACCCGCGCCUGGUUCCCAACUCGCGGGGCAAGCUUCGAAGACCUGGGGCGAAGGAGCUGCAGUCGGUCUUGCGUACCUCGGAGGGGAAGUUCGUGGACUUCCUCCUCGGCUGCUUGCAAUGGGAUGCGCGAGAGCGCUUCAGCCCUGAAGACGCGCUGCAGCAGGAAUGGAUCCUGGAAUGCUACGCCAAGCCUCCCCGGGAUAGCGGCGCUGCCGGGCGAGUGCCUGAAGCCCAGGCAUCCACUAGUUCAAGGACACGAGGAGCCGCCGACAGUCAUCGAAGUCGGCGAGGAGUGCAGAUGAGCUCCACAGGCGGUUUCGGCGCGACUGGAGGCCUUGCGGCUUCUACAGCUGGCGGAGGUACGAACCUCACUUUUCCACCUAUAGAAGGAUCUGGAGGCCUGCAGCCGCUGCCAAAGCAAAAGCGGACGGUCCACAAGGUCCCUCCAGAAGGGCAAGGCUCCAGCACUACCGUCGGAUCCAGUUCGACAGGACUGAUGACUUCCGGCUUAGGCAGCCUGAGCCAGAGCUUGGGCGCCCCGCAACCCCACGCGUCCCAUGGGUCAGGCGACACGAAAAGUCUCGAGACCUGA